UACAGGAGAUGACCAGAGACUGCGGACAGUACAGUACAGGAGAUGACCAGAGACUGCGGACACAGUACAGGGAUGACCAGAGACUGCGGACACAGUACAGGGAUGACCAGAGACUGCGGACACAGUACAGGGAUGACCAGAGACUGCGGACACAGUACAGGAGAUGACCAGAGACUGCAGACACAGUACAGGGAUGACCAGAGACUGCGGACAGCACAGGGAUGACCAGAGACUGCGGACAGCACAGGGAUGACCAGAGACUGCGGACAGCACAGGGAUGACCAGAGACUGCGGACAGCACAGG